AUGUCACUAAUUCAUACGAACAUAGAUGAAUUACCUCAGAUCGUCCAAGAACUUCGAAAGUCUUUCCAUUCUAACUUAACGGAACCUUUAAGCUAUAGAAAAAAACAAUUAAGAAAUUUGUAUCGUAUGAUUGAUGAAAAUGAGCAAGCAUUCUAUGAUGCUUUGUACAAAGACCUUCAUAAACAAAAACAUGAGGCUUUUGCGGGUGAAAUAGGUUGGGUUAAGCAAGAAGCUUUAGAUACAAUUUCGAACCUCAAGAGCUGGGCUGAACCAGAUUAUGUCAAAGUGAACGCAGGACACAUGUUGAACAAGUGUCAUGUGAGAAAAGAACCAGUUGGAAUCGUCCUGAUAAUUGGCACAUGGAAUUAUCCCAUUAAUCUUCUUUUUAUGCCUUUUAUCGGUGCAAUUGCUGCCGGAUGUACUGCAAUUCUCAAACCUUCCGAGCUUUCUACACACACCGCUACUCUUAUUUCCGAACUUUUUCCAAAGUAUCUUGAUCCAAAUGCUUAUCGCAUUGUGAGUGGUGGUGUCGCUGAAACUACUGCUUUGUUGAAGCAUAGGUUUGAUCAUAUAUUUUAUACCGGUUCUGGUAAAGUUGGCAAGAUCAUUAUGUCAGCUGCAGCUGAACAUUUGACUCCUGUCACUCUUGAACUUGGUGGAAAGUCUCCAGCGAUUAUUUCGAAUGACGUAGAUAUUUCUAUAUCAGCUAAACGUAUACUCUGGGGCAAAAUGGUUAAUUGUGGCCAGACAUGCAUUGCACCUGAUUAUAUUAUCUGCGAAAGAGCAGUUCAAGAUGCUUUUAUCAAAGAAGCGCCUAAAGUUAUCGAACAAUUUUAUGGUCCUGACCCUCAAAGUGGCACAUCUGAUUAUUCCCGUAUAAUCAAUAAAAACCAUUUUGAUCGUUUGCAAAAUUUAUUAAAUCAAACUAAGGGAAGAAUCGUAUAUGGUGGUAAUUUUGACAGAGAUGAUUUAUAUAUUUCACCUACGAUAGUAGCCGAUGUUCCUAAGGAUGAUAAGUUAAUGGAAGAUGAGAUUUUUGGUCCUAUCUUCCCUAUAGUUGUUGUUGAAAAUCUUGAUGAAGCGAUUGAAUAUGUGAAUUCAAAAGACAUACCUUUGGCUCUUUAUCCCUUUAGUAAAAAUGAUAAAACUGUUAAGCAUAUUCUUGAUAAUACUCGAUCUGGUGGUGUUGUUAUUAAUGAUUGUCUUAUGCAUUUCACUGUAAAAGAAUUGCCAUUCGGUGGUCAAGGACCAUCUGGGAUAGGAAGUUACCAUGGCAAACGAUCCUUUGACACCUUUUCCCAUGAGCGAGCCGUUAUGACCACACCAUUUGCGCUGGAGAAACUUGUUAAAACUCGUUAUCCACCAUAUACUGAAUUUAAUGUUAAAAUUUUAUCUUGGUUGUUUUUCAGUAAACCUUCAAAAACUAGAAACGUAACUUUUAAAGGCGUCGUUGGUGCUGCUAUUCUGCUUAUGAUCGCUUAUGUCAUCAAAAAAAUGAA